AUGGCACCUCGUGAUCCCAACACUCUGGCCAAUUAUGGUGAAUGGGGCAUCAAGCACACCACCGUAAACUUUAAGGUCAACUUUGAGAAGCAGCGCCUUGAAGGUUCUGUGCUUUUGGAGCUCGAAUCGCUUACGGAUAAGGCAAGCCGUGAGAUCAUACUCGAUACAAAUCACCUGUCUAUUUCAUCCGUCAAGCUUGAUUCGACCGACUCGGAAUGGGCUGUCAAGGAUCGAGUCGAGCCUUAUGGAGCACCACUUCAUAUCUCUGUACCGAAUGGGAUACCUCAGGGUGAUGUUGUAAAGUUGGAUAUCGCCCUAGAGACUACCGAUAAAUGCGUUGGUCUACAAUGGAUGACCCCAGCCCAGACUGGUAACAAGAAGCACCCAUAUGUAUACUCGCAAUGCCAAGCUAUCCUAGCCCGAUCUAUCUUCCCUUGCCAGGAUACUCCGGAUGUCAAGUCAACAUUUACUUUCAACAUCACCUCCCCGCUACCUGUAGUUGCGAGCGGAGUGCCUGUGCCUUCCGAUAAUAAAGGAGACAGCGACAAGCUGUUCCGCUUUGAGCAGAAGGUCCCUAUUCCCUCGUACCUAUUUGCUUUAGCCUCUGGAGACCUGGAAACGGCACGCAUUGGGAAACGGUCUGUCGUCACUACUGGCCCUGAAGCCCUCGAGGCUGCAAAAUGGGAACUCGAAGCGGAUAUGGACAAAUUCCUUGAAGUAGCAGAGAAGCUGGUCUUCGACUACCAGUGGGGAGAGUACAACGUGUUAGUGCUGCCCCCGAGCUUUGCUUACGGAGGAAUGGAAAAUCCUAUCUUCACUUUUGCUACCCCUACUAUCAUCAGUGGAGAUCGCCAGAAUGUCGAUGUGAUUGCACAUGAGCUAAGCCAUAGCUGGAGUGGCAAUCUCGUAGGCUGCGCAUCCUGGGAACACUUCUGGCUUAAUGAAGGAUGGACAACGUAUCUUGAGCGACGUAUUGGCGCGGCUAUUCACGGCGAACCUCAAUUCGACUUCUCAGCUAUCAUCGGCUGGAAGGCACUGGAGGACUCGGUCGCGUUAUUCGGACCCGAACAUGAGUUUACCAAACUUAUUAUUAAUCAUAAAGGGGUAGAUCCCGAGGAUGCUUUCAGCACAAUUCCGUACGAGAAGGGCUUCCACUUUCUCUACUACCUCGACCGGCUUGUGGGGAGAGAACAUUUUGACAAGUUUAUCCCUCAUUACUUCAAGACGUGGGCCAACAAGUCGCUGGACUCUUUUGAGUUCAAGCAAACUUUCCUGGAUUUCUUCGAGAACUACGGCAAUGCGGAGAUUAAGGAGAAAAUUGCCAAGAUCCCCUGGGAGGAGAGGUUUUAUAAGCCAGGCUUGCCGCCGAAACCCGAAUUCAACACGGCUUAUGUGGACAGCUGCCUUGCGCUGGCAGAGAAAUGGAAGAGCGAUGAUUACCAACCAACCAGCAAAGACGUCGAGUCAUUUACGGCCAAUCAGACACUUGUCUUCCUGCAAGCGGUACAAAGCUUCCCUAAGCCCCUGAGCGCUGAGAGGUCUCAUCUCUUAGGAACUACUUACAAUAUCAGCUCCUCGAAGAACGUCGAGCUGAAAUCGGCUUACUACUUGAUUGCUCUCCAGGCAGGAGAUAAGCAGGAGUUGCCUGGGAUAGUGGACCUUCUGGGCUCUGUCGGCCGCAUGAAGUUUGUGAGACCUUUGUACAGGAAGUUGAACGAGCUAGAUAGGGACCUCGCGGUUAAGACGUUUAAGGAGAACAAAGACUUCUAUCCAUCCACUACCAAGGGCCAGCUGGAGAAGGACCUGGGCUUGAAAUAG